AGAGGGACGUGCUGCUUCCAGAGCUAGAAGAAGCCAAGCGCCUAUCGCUCUAUCCGCCGGCCGCACAGAAGCUUCGCUUGGACGGGACGAGAGGAAGGUGAAGAACACAAGAAAUGGGCUCCGGUUCACUGGCCACGCGGCCUUCUCCAACGGCGUUCCCGGCGCCGUUGCCCGCCCCCGGCCGCGGCCGGCUACACCGGGCGCCGCCUCACCUCUGCAUGUACACCGGCAAGCUGAGGGUUCUUACCAUCAAAGCAACUCAUAGUGGUCUGAGUGAUGUAUCUGUACAGAGCCCUCCUGAUGAUGAAGUCUCAGUGACCGGUGCUGCUUACAGCUUUAGAGGAGCAACAACAUCACUUACGAACAAGAUCUUAACCUCAUCGAAGAAGAUUACUCUUGUUAGACAUGGUUUGAGCUCAUGGAAUGCGGAAAGCCGUGUCCAGGGAAGCUCAAAUCUGUCUGUGUUAACAGAAACUGGUGCCAAGCAGGCAGAGAAAUGUCGUGAUGCUCUUGCAAACAUGAAAUUUGACGUUUGCUUCUCUAGUCCUAUUUCACGAGCAAAGUCGACUGCCGAAAUUUUAUGGCAAGGAAAGGAAGAACCCCUUGUUUUUCUUGAUUCAUUGAAGGAGGCACACCUCUUCUUUUUAGAGGGCAUGACCAAUGCGGAUGCUAAGAAGCAAUAUCCAGAGUUGUACACCAAAUGGAGGGAGGACCCUGCAAAUUUUCAUGUAAAUGGCAUAUACCCAAUUAGGGAGUUGUGGGGAACAUCAAGACAAGCUUGGGAGGAAAUCUUGCUUACUCCAGGAGAAAACUUCUUGGUGGUUACACACAAAUCUAUUUUGCGUGCGCUCAUCUGCACAGCACUAGGUCUUCCUCCUGAGAGGUUUCGUGCCAUUGAUGUAAACAACGGCGGCAUGUGUGUCUUCACGGUCAACAAGGGAGGAGAAGCUAUGCUCCAAGCACUCAAUUUGACAGCACACAUGUAUAGUGAUCACACCUAUCAGUAUUAAUUUUCCUCUCUUUUUUCUUUGCACAUGUAUGCCUACCCUGUAUAUUAUACAUUCAUUAGACUUGAGAUUCUUGAAAUGAUUUGUUAAAUGUGACCUUAGCGUGUAUAAUGAUAGUUUGCACAAAUUGCUCCUGACA